UCCAAACGAAACGACCCGUGGCGGCAAUGACGUGUUGCGUGUGUUUGUGUUUGUUUACCUGCCAGGUGAGACACAAAGGAAACACACAGAUGAAGCUAAAGAUGUGACGCUGGGGGCGUUAGCUGUUAGCUUAGGUUAGCUGCUCGGCUGUCCUGUAGGGAAGUCUCUGAACUCUGCAUUGGUGUUAGAACAUAAACUCACCGGCUUUAUGUUAAACUACAGCUUAUUUACUGAUUUUACAGGUUUUUUACAGGUUUCUUUUUUACCUAAAUGUGGCUCAGUUGUAUCAUGUUUGUUAAGCUAACGUAGCCUCACACGAAGCUAAUUGUCUAACCUUCAGCGGUACUUCGAGUUUUUCCUUUUCAGGCUGUCAAGAUGAAACAAUCAGUCAAAUAAUUAUGACUAAUCGACUGAAAAUGAUCAUGUUCAUACUCGAUUACAGUAGUUUUUUAAUCAAAAAUGCCAAACAAAUGAUGGUGUCAGCUUCUUUAAUCGAUGUGACCCAGACUGAGAACAGCCUGUGACUCCAUGGAGCAGCUGGAAGACAGCAGAUAAUGUCAUAAAGCAGACACACGUGCAAGGCAGAAUGUCCUCGAGCCACCGCCUGAGGGAUGUGGAGCAGCAGCGCCCCCUGCUGGACGGGGAGGACGCGGUGGUGGAGAUGAGUUCUACCAACGAGACCAAGCAGCUCUGGUUCAUCAGGGACUGCUGCGGCAUGGUGUGUGCCUUCAUCACCUGGUUCCUGGUCUUCUUCGCUGACUUUGUGGUCACCUUCGUCAUGCUGCUUCCCUCCAGGAGCUUCUGGUACGCUGUGAUCAAUGGGGUGGUCUUCAACAGCCUGGCUGUGCUGGCGCUGGCCUCACACCUCCGCACCAUGCUGACCGACCCGGGAGCUGUUCCUAAAGGAAACGCAACUCAGAAACACAUGCAGAGUCUGCAGCUGAAACCAGGCGAGGUUGUCUACAAAUGUCCGAAAUGCUGCAGCAUCAAACCUGAGAGGGCUCAUCACUGCAGUGUCUGUAAACGCUGCAUCCGCAAGAUGGACCACCACUGUCCCUGGGUCAACAACUGUGUCGGAGAGAAAAACCAGCGCUUCUUCGUCCUCUUCACUAUGUACAUCGCCAUGAUCUCCAGUCACGCUCUGGCUCUCUGUGGAUACCAGUUCAUCACCUGCAUCCGAGUCCAGUGGAGAGAGUGCAGUGACUUCUCUCCUCCAGUGACGAUGAUGCUGAUGAUCUUCCUCUGCAUGGAAGGCCUCCUCUUCCUCACGUUCACAGCCCUCAUGUUCUGCACUCAGCUCCACUCCAUCUGCAACGACGAGACGGAGAUCGAGCGUCUGAAGAACGAGAAGCCGACAUGGGAGCGUCAGACUCGCUGGGCGGGGUUGAGGUCUGUGUUUGGGGGUCAGCCCUCUCUGAUCUGGAUAAGCCCCUUCGCUGGACUCAAACUCCCAACCUUUCUCCCCAGACGCACCUGGAGGGGCGGGGCAGAGUUCUCAGUCUGACGCUCGGUCAGUGAUUCCUCCUGUUGGUGGUGGAUCGACGCUCCAUGGCAGCGAGGGGACCCGCAGAGAGUCCAGCUGGGUUUUGUGGAGCGCUCAGUUCCUCAGGGUUUUCUUUUUUUUACCUGGAGGCUCUUUCUGAGCCAGAGGAACCAGGUUCAGUCCCCCUGAUCAGGAUCCUGCGUCUCCAUAUUUCACACUUGCCCUCUGACCUUCCUGUGGAGCGUAAGGUGAGGAAACAUCACCCCAGCCGGGAGCAAAAAAGAUGUCUUCACCCAGUGCGAGAUACGUGGAGGAUCUGUUUCUCCCACAUGAAUCAGUCCAAGUCUGAAUCCGUCACAUUUUCUCUGAUAAAAAAUCAAACCAAAUGUGACUGAAUGUUUCUUUAACACACUCACUAAGAUGCUGGAGCUCAGAGCAGUUUGUAGAACGGGGCUGAACGGUAAAACGUUAUCCUGAGGUAUCGCAGCGGUGUCUCUGUCAUUACCGUCAUGAAAUCUGCAGUCUGUGUGGAACGUUUGCACGAGGACGGGACAACCAGAGAUGGAAAUACGCCACCUCAGAAUCCAUCACCUGCUGACGAACCACUGUGAGGAGGAGCUUUUCAUCAGGAACACAACCUCUACACAACCAACAACAACAACAACAACAGUGUGCGGUGGGAAAACCUGCUCUGAAGCCGUGACCAGAAAUUCUUUUCAUCAAAGAAGUUACAUGUACUGAACACUUCACAUGAAAAUGAUCAUAAAAACAUGUCAAAAAUCACAGCUGAAGUGCUCUGCUGCCACCCUGUGGCAGGAAGCUUUAUAGCAGUGAAUGGCGGCUGCUCAGAGCCCUGUAAUGUGAUUUCUAAUCAGCUGGGAAAGGUUGAACAGGAUCAGAAACUGGAGACCGCCCAACUGGAAUGGAGAAAUCUCUGGAUUUGGAUUGGCUCAUCCAGUCCACUUUUCAGAAAUCUAAUCAAAACACUUGUUUCUCUUUCAUGAUUUAAACCCCAAUAAACUGAACUCUCAUGUUUUCAGAUAAUUCCACACCUCCCUUCAAAUCAAACUUUCUUUCUCAUCUUAAUCUCAUUUUAGUGAUUUAUAUUUUUCACUGUGGGAGACUGUGUAUGGUCUGGACCUAACAUUCUAAAUACAAGAAAACCACUGAAUCCUACAGAUUCUCUAAAAUCACCUGUACAUGUCACCUGAGCACAGACCGGUUCAUGUGAGCGGUUCCCUCCUGAGGCCCGGUGCUCUCAGAGGAACAUUUCAUUGUGACUUUUUACAGUUUGGAAAAUAAAACCUAGCUGUUCAGUGUGUAAAGUUCCAGAGAACAGAUGUUUUUACCUCAGUAAAACCUGUGUCAAAGCACACUGACCCUCAGGACCGGACUGUUUUCCUUCCAACACCUCUCAACACGAAGCAGCUCGCAGGACGAACACUCUGAUUUCAGAGUGUCUCUGUGUCUCUCUCUGCCUCCUCCUCCUCCUCCUCCUGCUCAGAGGAGUUUUUAAAAUGUUCUUAUUUUUCUGUCAGCAC